AUGGACGACUUCAGCGAAAUUGAGAAGGCUAUUGGGGGUGUCAGUGUGGCAGUGGCAGACAAUGAGGCUAACGACAAUGGGACAGCCGAACCCAGCAGCACAAAGACGGUCCGGAGCCUGCAGGGCAUGGUGAACACCCUCAUGUCUGACAACAUAGAACUUAAAAGGAGACUGAGCACAAUGGAAGCCAAAGUGGCAAGUAUGGAUGCGGGCUUCAUUAGGCCCUGGGAGAGGAGUAGCACCAUGUUACCCAACGAGAGCACCGUGAGGGACAGCCAAUCCGAGCAGGUUGUAUCCACGCGAAUCCCCAUAGCGACGACGUUGGACUUCAAGGAUCAGAUGAUAGCCGAUCAGCAAGAACAGCGAGAGAGGACGCAUGAAGCUGUCGACGAUGUUGAAGCUUAUGUCGAGGGGCGAAACUGGUCGGUUGCAUCAUUCCGUCCGUUCUAA